CUCCGGUUUGUGCUCCGUCCUUUCUCUUCCGGUUGUCGUCUGUUCGUGUGGCAGAUUAAACUCCAGUCGAAAUGGCCAAGUCGAAGAACCACACGACUCACAACCAGUCCCGUAAAGCCCACAGGAAUGGCAUCAAGAAGCCCACCUCCCAGCGCUAUGAGUCACUGAAGGGGGUGGACCCUAAGUUCCUAAAGAACAUGCGCUUUGCCAAGAAACACAACAAGAAGGGCAUGAAGGCAGUGAGGAAAGCAGCAGCAGCCGCACCAGCUGUGGCGAAAUAGGCCAAAAUGUUUCCACCAUCCAAAUAAAGCUUUGCUUUGUUAAAAAAAACA